GGUAUGAGAGAAGCACAUUCUCUGACGAAACAUCUUUACGACAUUCAAAGUAAACACAAACUGCUUUACAGCAGCACUAAACAUGGUGUCCCAAUUUAGCGGUGUUUUGCAGUUGACAGAUCUAGAUGAUUUUAUCACUCCUUCCCAGGAAUGUGUGAAACCAGUCAAGGUGGAGAAGAAGCAAGGCCGAUCUGUGGCUAAAAUUCAAAUAGAAGAUGAUGGGAGCUAUUUCCAGGUUAAACAGGAUGGUGGAAAGCAGAAGCUGGAGAAAGCUAAGAUCACUCUGAAUGACUGCCUGGCCUGCAGUGGCUGCAUCACCUCAGCUGAGAGUGUCCUUAUCACACAGCAGAGUCAUGAAGAGAUUUACAGGGUGCUACGCAGCAACAAGCAGGCAGGUGUAGCAGAGCAGAAGGUGGUGGUGGUGUCUGUGUCCCCACAGUCCAGAGCCUCCCUGGCAGCACGCUACGGCCUGAGCAGCAGUGAGGCAGGCAGGAGGCUCACCGCCUUCUUCAAGGGUCUGGGGGUUCACCACGUGUUUGACACCAGCUUCAGCAGGACCUUCAGCCUGUUGGAGAGUCAGAAAGAGUUUGUGGAGCGGUUCCAUCGGAAGGAGCAAGACAAGCAGGCCCUGCCCAUGCUAGCCUCUGCCUGCCCAGGUUGGAUCUGCUAUGCAGAGAAAACCCAUGGAGAGUUCAUCCUGCCCUACGUCAGCUCCACCCGCUCCCCACAGCAGAUGAUGGGCUCUCUGGUGAAGGGCUUCUUCGCUGGCCAGCAGGGCCUGAACCCACAGCAGAUCUACCAUGUGACUGUGAUGCCCUGCUAUGAUAAGAAACUGGAGGCCUCCAGGCCUGACUUCUACCUGGAGGAGGCUGACACCAGAGAGGUGGACUGUGUCAUCACUUCAGGAGAAGUUCUGAAGAUGCUAGAGGAAGAGAAAGUGUUGCUCAGCGAUGUGGAGCCAGCCCCAUUAGAUACAAUGUUCAGCAGUGUGUGUGGUGAUGAGUUGCUGGGCCAUGCAGGGAGCGGUUCAGGAGGAUACCUCCAUCACGUGUUCACACACGCUGCCAGACAGCUGUUUGGAGAGGAGGUGAAGGAGCUCACCUACAAGACACUCAAGAACAAGGACUUCCAGGAGGUGACCCUGGAAAGGGACGGUGUGGUCGUGCUGCGUUUCGCCACAACCUACGGUUUCCGCAACAUCCAGAACCUGGUGCAGAAACUCAAGAGGGGAAAGUCACCCUACCACUUCGUAGAGGUCAUGGCCUGUCCGUCAGGUUGUCUGAAUGGGGGAGGCCAGGUGAAGCCCUUACCAGAGCAGAACAACAAGGAGUUGCUGCAGCAGGUGGAGGAUCUGUACAAGGAGGAGCGCCCUCUAGUGCCAGAGGAGGACCAGCACGUGGCAGAGCUUUACCAGUCCUGGCUACAGAGUGUAGGAGAGGAGAGAGCCAGGGAGCUGCUGCACACACAGUACCAUGCAGUGGACAAGGCCACCAACGGACUCCUUGUCAAAUGGUGAAGGAGAGGGUGAAAGGAUGUUGAAGGGUUUCUGUAAGUGAAUGGUCUGUCCUCAAGUGUCAGGGUGCAUCUCAAUAGUCUAAAGUAGCCCUCUCUGUUUCAUCUCCAUUGAGUUUAACACAGGUUAGGUGGAAGCAACAUGGCCGGUUCUUGUUGGGUAUUUUCACCUGUCUUAGUUCUUUAAUAUCAGUAGAAAUAAAGAAAGGCAUGAUGCACAUACAUUUUGUCUAUUGAGAUGCAUCCCUAUUCUAGGAUUAUUUGAACCAUUUGAGUGAAGUCACACAACUUGACCUUGGAUUAAUGUUUAUGCUCCAUCUGUACUGGAUGACUGAAUUUAGCACUUUCCUUCACCGUCUCUUUGUCUCUCUCCUCUACCGUCUCUUUGUCUCUCUCCUCUACCGUCUCUUUGUCUCUCUCCUCUACCGUCUCUCUCCUCUACCGUCUCUUUGUCUCUCUCCUCUACCGUCUCUUUGUCUCUCUCCUCUACCGUCUUUGUCUCUCUCCUCUCUCUGCUUUUAAGUUCCCCCCAUUUCUUUUCUCUGUCUAUCCAUCCCUCUAUCCUUCUGUCUGUGCUUUAAAGGACUGUCUGUCAGAUCAAAUAGAGCAUUAUCGCCAAGUGCUUAAUUACUGUGGUGGCCUGUCAUUUAUUUAUUUGAAAAUAAAAGAGAGCCAGCCGCACACUCUAGGAGCUCAGAUGCAAAAAUUUUAUGAAGACAGCUUGGUUGUCGAAAUGUUGGUAAUUCAAUUUUUGCAUCUGAGCUCCUAGAGUGUGCGGCUCUCUUUUCAAGUUUUCUACUCCGCUAGCCAGCACCUAGCCAGCACCUUGCCUAAAUAGGUGUGUUUAUUUUUCUUCUAGAUCUGUCAUUUAUUUAUACCAACAUAAAGCCUGUAUACAUUCAGGCUAUAGAUUGUAUACGCACAAGCUAAUUCAUACCAGACCACUACUACAUUUAAGUGUGCACUAAUUAUGAAUACAGCAGCAAAUUCUGUUAUUUCUCUUGUAUGCACUGAAAAGGAUUUGGACUCUUGAAAUGUUUUCUGAUGGAAUUCUAAAGAAAUAUUUUAGUUUAAAUGUAUAUCAUUUCUGCCUUAUUUAUAAUGAAUCUAUGAUACAUAUUUUGCAUAUUAAAAUGUUAGUCUAACUUUCAAGUACGUUAUUCACCAUGUACCAGCAGUCAUUGAUAUACAUACUGACACGAUACUAAGGAACAGUUUUAGCUGUAGAAAUAAGCAUACACUUUCAAUAUUUACAUUCAUGUUUUCAGUGUUUUCUUCCUUUGUAUGGCAUGGUGAGAACGAGGUACAUACCUUCAUACGGUAUGCUGUCAGUUAAGCAGCUAGGUUCAACCAUUUAAUAUGGACUAAGUAAUAUUAGCAAUGUCAAAAUAUAUUGGUUAUAUAUUAAACUAAAUGUUUAGCAGCUCUUGUUAUAGAUGUGGUGAAAUGUUAAUACAGAAUGUCAAGCAAACAUCACCGUUUUACCCUAAGAAUUCUGCAAGCGGGUAAUAGUCAUUAGGGAUAUGAAUCUCUCACAAAUAUGAAAUGAAUUGUUAGGCCAACAAUAGAAACAAUCUGCUUUAUUGCUUUUUCUGUGAAGGAGACAAUGGAGCUUUUAGUAAAACCUAUGUAUCACCAACUUCACAUUGGCACUCAAAGACUGAUGUGUGUAUGCAUAUAUAAUGGAGCUUUUGAUUAUCAAUGAGCUUAAGUUGUCUUAUUUUCUAUAGUAUGAGAGAUGUUUGGAAGCGCUUCAGUCUUGAUUUUCUAAAUGUCCAGCAAUCACACUAAAGUAGCCCUGGCUUCUCUAAAGGGACUAUACCCCAAACCUCGGAAAUAUUGUUGAGUGAAUAUACCAUAUUAAAAUAAUAAAACACUUGAUAAGAAACCU